AGGUAGGAAACUGCUAGUGGGGAGAAACCUGUGCGAAGGAGGAAAAAAGUUUGCCUAAAAAGGGGGAAAAGGCAGUAGAUUUGCUGGGCAGAAAAAAAGAGAUGCUGGUAAGAAGUUUGUCUGACAGAAAUCAUUUAAAGGAUGUGCUGUUGAAACAACAGAAAGGUGCUGGAGGAAAAAAGGACUUGAAACGCAAGAAAAGAAAAGUCUGAAGGAACUGAAAGCCAGGUUGGAAACAUCUAAACCACGAGAUGUACUACAUGACUACAUGCAUCAUGUACUACAUGACUGAUGUAUCAUUAUGACACAAAAACAUCAGCAAAUCAAUGCUGCUUUAUGUCAGACUUGUGGCUUGUAUAAAUGUUCAUAGAUUUUUAAUGCAUUUUACCUAUAAAUCUAUCUAAACCAAGUGGCUUUUGUUGCAGUCAUCUGGAUGCUUUAAAUGUCACGUGUGCUUGCCUGUGUGGCUUCACUCAGUUUUUAGAAAAAAGUGCACCUAUUGCAUGAGACAGGAAGUUUGGUACUUUUUCAGUCAGGUUCAAGGGUUCAGUCGAGCGGACAAACUUGGGGUCAGAGAACACCAGGGAAGAUGAACAACAGUUCAUUCUGCGAUACUGGGUUUCAGACUGGUCUCCUCCCUCCAAUGUAUAGCAUUGAGAUGUGUGUGGCUCUUGUUGGGAAUAUAUUUGCCUUGUGGCUCCUGGUGACCAAAGAGAGGCAGAACUGGCACACCGGAGUAGUGCUCUCCUGUAACCUGGCCAUCUGUGACAUUCUUUACGUCCUGACCUUGCCUUUGCUCAUCAAUUACUAUGCCAAAAAUAAGGACUGGACCUUUGGAGAUGCUGCAUGCAAAAUUGAACGCUUCCUCUUCAACUGCAACCUCUACGGCAGCAUUUUCUUCAUCAUGUGCAUCAGCGUCAAUAGAUACCUUGCCAUAGUUUUCCCCUUCUUCACCCGGAGCUACGUGCGCCCUAAACAUGCCAAGAUCGCAAGUGUGCUGACGUGGUUCAUCGUGAUGAUCACUUCAUUGCCAGUCCUCAAAUUUGCUGGAACCGAAGUUAAACAAAAACAAACUCUUUGUGUCUCACGUCAUGAUAAAACCCUGAAAAUCCCCCAUUUUAAGUACAUCCUAUUUCUUACGGUUGUAGGAUGCAUGAUUCCAUUGUUAAUUACCUUUGCAUCUUAUUUGGGUGUGAUUUGGACCGUUCUGAAAAAUAAAAACAUAACCACACUCGAGAAGAGGAAGGUAGCAUUGAUGGUCGCUCUUGUGUGCAUCCUUUAUGCCAUGUCAUUUUUGCCCUAUCAUGUUCUGCAGACGUACAAAACGUAUCUGAAGGUUAUGAAUUGCUGGGUGUAUGACUCAUAUCAAGUGUCAAAAGUCCUGGCCACCCUCAACAUGUGCUUGCAUCCGCUUCUAUACAUGGCUGUGUUUGACAGCAUACGGACAGUUUGCUGUGGAAAGAGCUCAGAUGAUUCAUCUUCUUAGUAUCUUGGCCAAAACCUCAUGCUGUGGCUUCCUGUGGAUGUAAAUUAAAUGAUGCUUGUACUCCUGUCCUGUGCGUCUGCAAAACACAAACCAAAUUAAAAUUGUUUUGCUGGUAUCAUUUUUGUAGUCAAAAGCAAAGAAGAACAUAUCUGACAGUAAAAGCUGACAAUUAAAAUGUAUUUGAAGUUGCAAAAAAAGCCUAUUAAA